AUGUCGAACCGUUGUCCACUGAUGUCUGCGGUGUUUCGACAGAGCACACAAUUCUCGCGCAAGGCUGUGAUUUUGAGACCUCCCUGUGUGGAUACGAGUCAGGAGGAGGUCCAGGUGGUGACCAAGUUACAUGGAAAAGGCGUCGAGCAGAAAAAGGUUGGGUUUGUACCCCAAGGCCAACCUGAGAACAGUAACAUAGCAGUGGGCAAUAUUGUGAUGUGGACUAUUGGAAGAAAUAAGCGAGCAGCCACGUGGCAGAAUACUUCAUCAACACCUUUACAAAACGUAAUGACAAUGACAAACACGCCAUCUACAACUGUGUCGAAUGAAAAACCAACUUCACUUCUACCUACAGCUUUGACUUCUAAUCUAAAUGUAACUUUGACUGGGAAACCAUUAACAACUCCAACUACAAAAUCAAUAUCCCCACCAACAACUUCAAUGACAAAAACUCCAACAACCUAUCCGGCAACUUCCACCCCAACAACGACUCCAACAAUUAUUACACCAACAACGACUCUAACAACUAAAAUAUCAACGACGACUCCGAAAACUACAAUACCACCAACAACUACAAUACCAACAUCGACUGCAACAACUACAACACCAACAACAAAGACUCCAACAACUAUAACGCCAACAGUUACAAUACAAACAACGACUCCAACAAUCACAAAACAAACAACAACGACUCCAACAACUACAACACCAACAACGACUCCGACAACUACAAUACCAACAUCGACUCCAACAACUACAACACCAACAACAACGACUCCAACGACUCCAACAACUACAACAACAACAACAACAACAACACCUACAACGACACCUACAAGAACAACAAAAACAACAACAAUGACUCUAACAACCACAACAACAACAACGGCUCCAACAACUACAAUACAAACAACAACGACUCCAACAACUACAACACCAACAACGACUCCGACAACUACAAUACCAACAACAACAACACCUAGAACGACACCGACAACUACAACGCCAACAACUACAACACCAACAACGACCCCGAUAACUACAACACCAACAACGACUCCAACAACUACAACACCAACAACGACUCCGACAACAACAACACCAACAACGACUCCGACAACUACAACGCCAACAACUACAACACCAACAACGACUCCGACAACAACAACACCAACAACGACUCCGACAACUACAACGCCAACAACGACUCCGACAACUACAACGUCAACAACUACAACACCAACAACGACUUCGACAACAACAAAACCAAAAACGACUCCGAUAGCUACAACACCAACAACGACUUCAAAGACUACAACAGCAACAACGACUUCGACAUCAACAACGCCAACAACGACUCCAACAACUACAUCGCCAACAACUACAAAACCAACAACAACGACUCCAACAACAACAACACCUAGAACGACACCGACAACUACAACGCCAACAACUACAACACCAACAACAACGACUCCAACAACAACAACACCUAGAACGACACCGACAACUUCAACGCCAACAACUACAACACCAAUAACGACCCCGAUAACUACAACACCAACAACGACUCCAACAACAACAACACCUAGAACGACUCCGACAACUACAACGCCAACAACUACAACACCAACAACGACGUCGACAACAACAAAACCAAAAACGACUCCGAUAGCUACAACACCAACAACGACUUCAAAGACUACAACAGCAACAACGACUUCGAUAUCAACAACGCCAACAACGACUCCAACAACUACAUCGCCAACAACUACAAAACCAACAACAACGACUCCAACAACUUCAACACCAACAACGACUCCAACAACUACAACACCAACAACAACGCCAACAACGACGCCAACAACUACAACUACAACAACAACGCCAACAACGACACAAACAAAUUCAACACCAACAACACCGCCAACAACGACUCCAACAACUACAACUACAACAACAACGCCAACAACGUCUCCAACAACUACAACACCAACAACACCGCCAACAACGACUCCAACAACUACAUCGCCAUCAACUACAAAACCAACAACAACGACUCCAACAACAACAACACCUAGAACGACUCCGACAACUACAACGCCAACAACUACAACACCAACAACGACCCCGAUAACUACAACACCAACAACGACUCCAACAACAACAACACCUAGAACGACUCCGACAACUACAACGCCAACAACUACAACACCAAUAACGCCCCCGAUAACUACAACACCAACAACGACUCCGACAACAACAACACCAACAACGACUCCGACAACUACAACACCAACAACGACUCCGACAACUACAAUACCAACAUCGACUCCAACAACUACAACACCAACAACAACGACUCCAACAACAACAACACCUAGAACGACUCCGACAACUACAACGCCAACAACUACAACACCAACAACGACGUCGACAACAACAAAACCAAAAACGACUCCGAUAGCUACAACACCAACAACGACUUCAAAGACUACAACAGCAACAACGACUUCGAUAUCAACAACGCCAACAACGACUCCAACAACUACAACACCAACAACGACUCCGACAACUACAAUACCAACAUCGACUCCAACAACUACAACACCAACAACAACGACUCCAACGACUCCAACAACUACAACAACAACAACAACAACAACACCUACAACGACACCUACAAGAACAACAAAAACAACAACAAUGACUCUAACAACCACAACAACAACAACGGCUCCAACAACUACAAUACAAACAACAACGACUCCAACAACUACAACACCAACAACGACUCCGACAACAACAACACCAACAACGACUCCGACAACUACAACGCCAACAACUACUACACCAACAACGACUCCGACAACAACAACACCAAAAACGACUCCGAUAGCUACAACACCAACAACGACUUCAACAACUACAACAGCAACAACGACUCCGACAUCAACAACGCCAACAACGACUCCAACAACUACAUCGCCAACAACUACAAAACCAACAACAACGACUCCAACAACUUCAACACCAACAACGACUCCAACAACUACAACGCCAACAACUACAACAACGACUCGGACAACUACAACACCAACAACGACUCGGAAAACUACAACACCGACAACGACUCCAGCAACAUUAACACCAACAAUUACAACACCAACAACGACUCCGACAACUACAACAACAACUACAACAACUACAACAACGACUCCGACAGCAACAACACCAACAACGACUCCAACAACUACAACGCCAACAACUACAACGCCAACAACUACAAAACCAACAACAACGACUCCGACAACUACAACACCGACAACGGCUCCAACAACAUUAAAACCAACAACUACAACACCACCAACAACAACGACUUCAACAACUACAACAAAAACAACGACACAAACCUCUACAACACCAUCAACAACGUCUCCAACAACUACAAUACCAACAACAAAAACACCUAGAACGACACCGACAACUACAACGCCAACAACUACAACACCAACAACGACUCCAACAACUACAACUCCAACAACAACGCCAACAACGACUCCAACAACUACAACACCAACAACAACGCCAACAACGACUCCAACAACUACAUCGCCAUCAACUACAAAACCAACAAUAACGACUCCAACAACUACAAUACCAACAACAAAAACACCUAGAACGACACCGACAACUACAACGCCAAAAACUACAGCACCAACAACGAUUCCAACAACUACAACUACAACAACAACGCCAACAACGACUCCAACAACUACAACACCAACAACAACGCCAACAACGACACCGACAACUACAACGCCAACAACUACAACAGCAACAACGACUCCGAUAACUAAAACACCAACAACAACGCCAACAAUGACUCCAACAACUACAUCGCCAAUAACUACAACACCUAGAACGACUUCAACAACUACAACGCCAACAACUACAACAACGACUCCGACAACAACAACUACAACGCAAACAACUACAAAACCAACAACAAUGACUCCGACAAAAUUAAAACCAACAACUACAACACCACCAACAACAACGACUUCAACAACUACAACACCAACAACGACACAACUCUCUACAACACCAACAACAACGUCUCCAACAACUACAAUACCAAAAACAAAAACACUUAGAACGACACCGACAACUACAACGCCAACAACUACACCAACAACGACUCCAACAACUACAACUACAACAACUACUCUGACAACAACAACACCAACAACGACUCCGACAACUAAAACACCAACAACGACUUCAACAACUACAACACCAACAACAACACCAACAACGACUUCAACAACUACAACACCAACAACAACGCCAACAACGACUCCAACAACUAUAACACCAACACCGACUCCAACAACUACAACGCCAACAACUACAACAACGACUCCGACAACAACAACACCAACAACGACUCCAACAACAUUAAAACCAACCACUACAACAACACCAACAACAACGUCUCCAACAACUACAUUACCAAAAACAAAAACACCUAGAACGACACCGACAACUACAACGCCAACAACUACAACGCCGACAACGACUCCAACAACAUUAACACCAAUAACUACAACACCAACAACGACUUCAACAACCACAACACCAUCAACAACGACGACUCCGACAACUACAAUACCAACAAUGACUCCAACAACUACAACACAAACAACGGCUCCGACAACUUCAAUAUCAACAACGACUCCAACAACACCAACGACUCCGACAAUUACAACAUCAACAACAACGACUCCGACAACUACAACACCAACAACUACAACACCAACAACUACAACACCAACGUCGACUCCAACAACUAAAACACCAACAACAACGACUCCAACAACUACAACACAAAUAACAACGACUCCGACAACUACAAUACAAACAACUAAAGCAUCUACAACAACACCGACAACUACAAUUCCAACAACGACUCCAACCACUACACCAAUAAAGACUCAAACAACUACAACGCCAACAACUUCAACACCAACAACUAAAACACCAACAACGACUCCAUUAACUACACCACCAACAAAAACUUCAACAUCAACAACAACUCCGACAGCUACAACACCAACAAAGACUCGAACUACUACAACACCAACAACAACACCAACAACUACAACAUCAUUAACUUCGACUCCAACACUUACAACCCCAUCAACGACUUCGACAUCUACGACCCCGACAACUACAAUACCAACAACUACAACACCAACAACGACUCCAACAACUGCAAUACAAACAACAAUGACUCCGAUAGCUACAACACCAACAACUACAACAACGACUCCGAUAACUACAACACCGACAAUGACUCCAACAACCUUAACACCAACAACUACAACACCAACAACUACAACACCAACAACGAUUCCGACAGCUUCUACAUUACCACCACCAACAACAACGACUCAAAGGACUACGACACUAACAACUACAACACCACCAGCUACAACUCAGACAACUUCAACAACUACAACGCCAACAACUCCGACAACAAUAACCUCAACGACGACUCCGUCAACCAAAACCCAAACUACGACUAUAAAAACUACAACUCCAACUACAACACCAACAACAACGACUCCAAUUACUAUAACACCAACAACGACUCCAACAACUAGUACACCAACAACGAAUCCAACAGCUACAACAUCAAGGACGACACAAACAUCUACAACACCAACAACAACAACUCCAACAAAUAUAACACCAACAACUACAACCCAAACAACCACUCAAACAAUGACGCCGACAACUACAACACCAACAACUACAACAACGAAUCCAACAACUACAACACCAACAACUACAACAACGAAUCCAACAACUACAACACCAACAACUACAACACUGCCAACUUCAACGCCAACAACAACUCCGACAACUCCAACCUCAACGACGACUCCGGCAACCAAAACCCAAUCUACGACUAUAAAAACUACAACUCCAACUACAACACCAACAACGAAUCCAACAACUAAAACCUCAAAAACUACUCCGACAAGAAGAAUUCCAUUAACGACUCCAACAACUUCAAACUCAAUAACGACCCCAAAAGCUACUAAACAAAUUAUGAAUGAAACAAUUACAACAACAAUAACAAAUCAAACAACUACAGUCUUAGCAACGACUCCAACAACUGCAACACCAGCAACUUCGACACCAACAAAGAAUCCGACAACUACAACGCCAACAACGACUCCAUCUUCUUCAACGACACAAACGAAGUCCGACAAUAACACCAUAUCUGUUGAUUUAAAUUCAACCACGAACAUGUCAACUGAUGCCGUGGCCAGUCCUUUAGAACUCGAUUCUGACAAGACAAAAUCCGGACCUAUCAUAAUUGGUGUCCUCGUCACUUUCUUUGUUUUGGCUGCUAUUUGUGUUUCUGGGUUGUUCGUAUAUCUACGUCAACGCCGGAAGAUAUCUAGACAGUAUAUACUCAAUGACGUCAAUGUUAGUGUGAACAUGGGUUCUGGCCAUCAAGACAAUUGGUAUGUGUAUGACCUACAUAAAAAACAUGAACAAAUCCAAUUGGAAUACUUAACAGAAAAUGGGAAAGUUAAUACUUAAGUUUGUUUUAGUUUUAUAAGAUUGUCUAUUUUCCAAUGUCAUUUGCAUAAACGUCAUUCAAAUAUUUAGCAACAUAUACAAGUUUUUCUGUCUGGGGUCAUGCAUCACGUUAUCGUUAUAUCAUGUACUAGUAUUCAGUUAAGAUAGUGUUAUAAGGGAAGUAACUCCAAAUGUUUCUCGAGCAUUUUACCCAUUGGUUAAAAACUAUACAUUUUAACAUUUGUAAACAAAAAAUCCUUCGACCCCUUUCUUGCC